ACCCCCAAACCGCACACACAUUCACCUGGAGUCCGGGGCCGACCCAACUCAGCGGACCAUGGCGGACCAAGCAUUUGUGACUUUGGCCACCAAUGAUAACUAUGCCAAAGGAGCGAUGGUUCUUGGUCAGUCAUUACGCAACCAUACGACAACUGAGAAACUGGUCGCCCUUAUUGGACCACGUGUUACAGAACCAUACAGGACUACUUUGAACUCCAUCUUCGAUGAGGUGUGUUUGGUGGACAUUAUGGACUCCAAGGACACUGCCCACCUGGCCAUGAUGAAGCGUCCAGAUCUGGGGAUAACAUUCACCAAGUUGCACUGCUGGACUCUCACACAUUACAGCAAGUGUGUGUUCAUGGAUGCAGACACACUGGUGCUGUCAAACAUAGAUGAGUUGUUUGAGAGGGAGGAGCUAUCUGCAGCGCCGGAUCCUGGUUGGCCAGAUUGUUUCAACUCUGGCGUUUUCGUGUUCAGACCAUCCAAUGAGACACACGAGAAGCUUGUCAAAUUCUGCAGUGAGAAGGGCAGCUUUGAUGGUGGGGACCAGGGAGUUCUUAACAGUUUCUUUAACACUUGGGCGACGGCAGACAUUUCCAAACACCUCCCCUUCAUCUACAAUCUCAGUAGUAUCGCUAUCUACUCCUACCUACCAGCCUUCAAACAGUAUGGCCAUGAGGCAAAGGUGGUCCACUUCCUUGGCAAGAUGAAGCCCUGGAACUAUUCCUAUGAUGCGGAAAGCAGGGAGGUCAAAGGUCAUUCCCUUUCCCCAGACCUACUCCACCUGCACCCUGACUACCUGGUCAUGUGGUGGGAGCUCUACUGCAAGUCUGUGCUACCUGUGUUGAAGCAGGCCUACGGAGAUAUACCCUGCAACACCGACUGCACAGAGGAUAAGGUCUGUGGAGAUGUGAAGGAGGUAGCAGCCCUGGCCCCAGUCCCUCCCCGGCAAAUUUCGUCCGAGGAGAGGAAGCAGCGCUGGGAGGCAGGUCAGGCCGACUACAUGGGUGACGACUCCUUCGUCCACAUUGAACGCAAACUUGACUCCUUCCUGAAGUAAGGCCCAGGUGUGGGAGAGGGAGCGUGACGGACCAAGAGAGAGAGAGAGCGCAACAAUCGUAGGCCACAUGCGGCUCUGCUUGGGUGGGGGAUCAAGAGGAGCUCGAUGUGGCGGAUGACUGAUCAAAGGUCUUGGUGCCUGACUCUAGUGUGAGUGCGUUAUAUGAGAGAGAGCGAGAGAGAGAGAGAAUGAACUUAAAACUCCCACACUCUUACUUUUUCAAGUGUUCUUGUGCAACUGAAUUAAGAGCUCGUGUACAUUCGCAGUCCAGAAGUCUUCCAAAGGGUAACACAAGUUUGUGGAAACUUUCAACACCUACCAAGACCAAUCAUAGGUUGAGAGAAUGACUGUAGGCAAACCUGGGUGUUGAAAGGGGGUUUAAGUGUUGUUUCUGGAUAUGACCACAACUUCUUAUCCUUUUUUCUUUCCUUUUCUUCCUCUAAACCAGUUUUGAAGCAGCUAACUUGGCUGACUCACCCAACUCAGUGCAGAACCUUGUUUUAUAAAAACCGCCAACCUCGCCAUCACCUGACGCUGUUCACCCCAUCAGAGUGCGUAGAUAGAGCUCAUCUUCUAGGCCUCUGGGAUGUUCACUAGCCCUCAAAUUCACCCUCUGGGUUGUCAUUUCUUGUACCAAGGCCAUUUGCAUUCUCGCAUGGCUCAAAGCAAACGUGUCAGUAAAUGUUCAAGCCCAAAUUGUGGAGGAGUAGUCUUUCUGUGUGAACUUGAUAGUCAGUUUUCUGUUUUGUUGUUUUUGUUUAAUAAACCGUGUACCCCCAGGAUUUUCUGUAUCUGUGCCCUGCAUGCACACUUUGUUUGGACUCGUCUGUGCAUUUCAGCUGCCAGACCCAUGACAGUAUAUACGUAUAUAUUUGUUAUUCCUGUGUGCCAUGACCCGUUUCAUCACUUCCUGUGUUAAGUGUACCCAGCUGCCUUACCGCUGUUCACUGUUUACAAAACCUCCUACUGUAAAUGCUGCUAAUAGCACAGCACCAACCCAACCGUUCCUGUUACUAAAACCCCAUCCAGUCCACUCCAGCACUGUUCCCUUUCAGUGACUCCUAAUUUGCAUCUCCUGACUUGUUAACCACUGUGAUCCUAACUCACCACUCCACAAACACACUCCUAAGGGAUGCUGGAAAGGUUGAGCGUUAGGAAAAGUGAAUAUGCCUUUUUCUGGUCCUGUCUGGCCGCUCCGUCCCAAGCAUGCAUGUGUGUCGAGGUGGAACAGCACCGCCAGUUGAUACUGGUCUGUCCCGGAUGAACUGUUCCAUUAACUGUAAUUAUGUGUAAAAGCUUUAAUAAUAAAGAUCUGGUG